AGAAAGCACUAUAAAUCAUAACACACCAUAUAUACGCCAACAGCAACAUCAAGCAAGUAAACACGAGCACCAAAUCAUGAGCCACGGAAUUGGCACCAACAAUUCAGUGACGAACCAGAGGUAUAGGCAGGAUGGAGACUCCAGACGGUUAUAUGGUGGUGCCUUGUAUGCUCCCAUCAGCAAUGAAAUGAACGACUUGUCGUUGAUUCCACAUUCACUUCCUUUUGGGCAUAGUCCGAAUACUAUAGGAGCUAUCAAUCGUUGGAUUGCCAACCAGGAUAGAGGAGCAAGAACAGAACCUUCUAACUCGAUCAGGAGGCCUGUUGGCGCAGCCACACUACACUCACACUCACCAGUGAGAAUCAUAGUCCUCGGCAAUGUCAUGGCCACAGACAUGUUCCCGGGAAUGAUUCCAGAAUCUUCUCCGUGGUUUCCAGCCACUCCCCCGCGAGAUCAUUUCCCCUUUCCUGCACAAGAACAGUCAAUUUUGUCCCCGGAAGAGCAAGAAGCAGCUCUGAAAAAGCUGAAGAGGGAAAUCUAUAACCCUGCAGCCAAAAAGAUAAUGCGAAGCUUAAGUCUGUAUUAUCGCGAAAAAAAUGUCAACAACAAUGCAAGUACAAAGGAAAAAGAGGCAGAUGAAGAUGGGAAGAACUGUGCAAUAUGCUUAGAAGAGUUUGAACCUCGGCAAAUGGUGAUGCUCACUCCGUGUAAUCAUAUGUUCCACGAAGAGUGCAUUGUCCCGUGGGUGAAGAGCCACGGACAAUGUCCAGUUUGCAGGUUUGCUAUUUGCGAAAGAAUUAAAAACCGAACAACUAUAGCUUCAAACACUAACAACGUAAAUGUUGGCAAUUCAUCGCCAGGGGAUGUUAUGUCCAUCAUAAGAGCAAUGGAACAAGCAUAUUUAUGAACAAUUGAACAUAUAUAAUAAGAUCCUCAAUGUAGCACCAUGGCUACUGAAUUACUUC